AUGGCAUCCAGGAUACCGGCGGCCUGGCGUAUCGGAGCCGGCAAGUCCACCCUCACCACCGGCGGUCUCAACUUCAACCAUGUCACCAAGUCCACCCCCGCGCUGGCGCGUUGGACUCCCGUCUCCGGUAGCCGGACCGGAUCCGCUUUAAUAUCAACAUCGUCAGCAUCGUCAUCAGCAUCGACAUUAUCACGAUCCACCACAACAUCCACACCCGCAAUUACGACGACAUCCACAACAGCAGCAGCAGCAGCAGCAGCAGCAUGGCCCCCGAGAUUGAGGCUGGGAUCUUCAGGGACGAGUCCUCUGGCGCGAAGCUUAUUCCAACGUCAACAGCAUCAGCAGCGCAGAUCUUUUGCUCACACCACCCGCCGCCACAAAUCCGACGAAGAAAACCACCACUGCCCACCACACGAGAACCCGUCGAUCCUGCACAAGAUGGUCGAAGCAGCCGCCACUUCCUUCGCCUCCAUACUCGUCCUCGGCCUCGGUUUCAGCAUCGCCGCCUACGCCUACCACAAGAGCUACAAGCACAUCGUCCUCCAGAAAAUGUCCAACGCCUUCGAGCCCGGCGAUCCCGUCCUCGACCUCGCCGCCAUCGGCAAGAACAUUCCGCUCUCCAAGACUGCCGCCGCCACGCAUUGGAUCGCACGCCCCGAGCAGGACAUCGUCGAUGAUAUCGUGGCUGGCAAGGAGGUUGGGCACUACCACCUUUUCAUCGGUGAGAAGGGUACGGGCAAGAGCAGUAUGCUGUUGGAAGCCAUGCGCAAGAUCGACGGUGACGGCGUGGCCAUGUUCGAGGCUCAUGCCGACCUGGAGAUCUUUCGUAUCCGUCUGGGCAAGGCGCUCGACUACGAGUUUCACGAGGAUUACAUCGGCAGCUACUUCAGCGAGCGCGGCCCGCGCGACACUACGGCGCUGUUGGAUAUCGAACGUGCGCUGAACAAGCUGGAAAAGGUGGCACUCAAACGGCGUGCAAAGAUUGGGCGGCCGCUGGUUGUUAUCAUCAACCAGAUGCACCUGAUCCGCGACGACGAGGACGGUAAGGAUCUGAUCGAGCUGCUCCAGCAGAGAGCGGAGCAAUGGGCUGCCAGCAACUUGGUGACCAUGGUGUUCAACAGUGACGAUUACUGGGUGUAUGAACGGCUGAAGCAGUUGGCGACGCGCAUGGAGGUGCUCUCGAUCACGGACUUGCCGAAGAACCUGGCGACGGCGGCGCUCAGAAAUUACCGCCACCGCUACUUUGGAGAGGAUUUGAGCGAUGGGACAUUGGAGCAGAUCUACGAUCUCGUGGGCGGACGGCUAAACUUCUUGAACAGGGUGGCCAAGAGCAAUGAUAUGCUGGCUACGUGUGAUGAGAUCAAGCAGAUUGAGAAGACGUGGUUCUUGAAUCAGUGCUGGAUUCUCGGAGAGGAGAUGGAUGAUGAUGUGAUGGAUCAGCAGAAGUGGGCUGCCGCAGCAGUAGUCCUAGCCACCGCCCUCGUCGACAAAGAAUCCAUCAUCGAAGCCGCCGGCUCCUCCACCUACGACCCCGUAGUCGGCCACGUCCUGCCUUCCUACGCCCUGCACGAGGCCCAGCAGAUCAUGACCCGCGCCGAUUUUGUGCGCGCCCUCGACCGCCUCAACCUCUUCUCCAUCACCAAGGACGCCCAGGUGCGCGCCAGCUCCGUGCCCAUGCACCUCGCCUUCCGCGAGAUCGUUGCCCAGCCGGGCUUCCGCGAACACCUCCAGGCGACGAUCGACAGGAUUGCGGCUAUCGAGAGCUUGGGCCGUACCAGGGAGCUGGUGGCGAAGGAUUUGGUACUUGGUGGCCAUUAUGAGAUUAGGAGGGCCGAGAAGGGGAAGGGGGUUGAUGUUAAGCUGGUUAUGCCGGAGCCGGAGGAGGAUGGGGAUGAGAAGGAGGAGUAA